ACAUAUAUCUUCAAAAUUUAAUUAUCUAGUAAUAUUUAAUAUUUUUAAUUUUUAAUAUUAAGAUUAUUUUUCUUCAGAGCACUGAAUAACCAGUGAUAUUGAAAUAAAUAGAAUGGGUUGGGGAAAUGUCUCGGAGAGUAGAGUGGUUGAUAUAGAUACAUAAAGACUAAAGUUUGUAUUCUACAUGAUGCCUGGGCAGGUGUGGAGGACAGGUGUGGAGGACUGUGCUGGGCAGGUGUGGAGGAUUGUGUUGGACAGGUGUGGAGGACUGUGCUGGGCAGGUGUGGAGGACUGUGCUGGGCAGGUGUGUUGGACAGGUGUGGAGGACUGUACUGGGCAGGUGUGGAGGACUGUACUGGGCAGGUGUGGAGGACUGUACUGGGCAGGUGUGGAGAGGUGUGGAGGACUGUACUGGGCAGGUGUGGAGGACUGUGCUGGACCGGUGUGGAGGACUGUACUGGGCAGGUGUGGAGGACUGUACUGGACAGGUGUGGAGGACUGUACUGGGCAGGUGAGGAGGACUGUGUUGGACAGGUGUGGAGGACUGUACUGGGCAGGUGUGGAGGACUGUGCUGGGCAGGUGUGGAGGACUGUGUUGGGCAGGUGUGGAGGACUGUGCUGGACAGGUGAGGAGGACUGUGCUGGACAGGUGAGGAGGACUGUGCUGGGCAAGUGUGGAGGACUGUGCUGGGCAAGUGUGGAGGACUGUGCUGGGCAGGUGUGGAGGACUGUGCUGGGCAGGUGUGGAGGACUGUACUGGGCAGGUGUGGAGGACUGUACUGGGCAGGUGUGGAGGACUGUACUGGACAGGUGUGGAGGACUGUGCUGGACAGGUGUGGGGGACUGUGCUCAGCAUAUGUAGGACUGUUACUGGGCAGUACUAGGUAGUAAGGUGACCUGCUAUAGUAGCUGAAAUUCUGGAGAGCCAACUUCCUCAACACACAAGGUAGAACACGGCCUAGGAAAAUGCAGACAUUGGGAAGUAGCAGCCUAGGCCUGUCUGCGUGGGAAGCCUUGCACCUGCCCUCACUCACGUAGGCCAACUUAUGUGGGAACUUAUAUGCAUGCCACACAUCCAUGUGCAGCAAGAAAGACUGUGAGAAUAACAGAAGCUUCCUGCUUUCCAGGAAGGUGGCUUUAUGUUGGGUGUUGUAUCAGGAGACAGCUGGGCCCCAUGGGAAGAGAAUCUGGGGGUAUAGGAUUUUUAAGUGAUUGCACUUGGAUUCUGAGGAGGGUUUGUGUCUGAGUUCCAAGCAGCUCUUUUGCUGCUGAUGCAGUUUUUAAUUAAUUAUUCCUUAUCUGUUUAUACAGUUAUAGUAGUAGCCUUCCCCAGAAGAAUAAUACCUCUUAAAUAUUUGAAGCGAUUCUUAUAACUUUAAUGGAAUUAUUUUAUAGCUAUGCAUUUUGUAUCAAUAGGGUUUCAAAACAGCAGACUCAUACUUUUGAGAAUAGUGUCUCUCCUGUUCUAGGUUUAAUUUGUUUAAAUUCUUAUAUUACAGGGCUGGAGAGAUGGCUCAGCCAUUAAAGGCUAG